GUGUUCGUGCAAGUUUGUUUUGGUUCGGUAAGAGGUAAGAGAAGUGUGCGAUUCUUUUAAAAGGCAUACGAAAUCAAGAAAAAAUUUAACUGUAGAGGAAUUCGCUGCUCUAAGUUAUCGGUAUGUAGGUACUAGGCUUUAGCAGCACCUGUGUUACAUGUGUUAUCGUAAUUGUUAUGUCUUCCGGAACUCCACAACACGGGUUUUGAUUCCCACGGUGCUGGUAAGCUGAGAAAAAGGAACUCAGACACAGUGACCUGAUUCACCUGAAUUCCCGUCCACGAUGCCUGCCGAUAACACCGUUUUCGAAGCGAAGUUGGACAGUGCUUCGGUGUUCAAGAAAGUUAUUGAUGCCAUUAAGGAUUUGAUUGGGGAUACAUCAUGGGAUUGCACGAAUACGGGAAUGAGUUUGCAGUCGAUGGACAGUUCACACGUUGCCUUAGUAAAUGUGCUCAUGAGAAGCGAAGGCUUCGACAGCUACAAGUGUUCGAGAAAUAUUAGUAUGGGAAUCAGUCUGAACAGCAUGGCAAAGGUGCUAAAGUGUGCCGGAAACGAGGACAGCAUCACCAUCAGCCAUGACAGCAACAGUAAUGUUGUUUCUUUUGCCUUUCAUAACCUGGAGGCGGAACGCGCAGCGGAAUUCGAAUUAAAACUCAUGAACAUAGAUACGGAGCAUCUGGGAAUUCCGGAAACGGAGUACGACUGCAUAAUAAAAUUGCCGUCGCUCGAGUUGAAGCGUAUCUGCCAAGAUCUCACUCAGUUUGGAGACAGCGUUAAUAUUGCAUGUGCGAAAUCGGAAGUCAAAUUUGAAACCACGGGUGAUAUUGGAAAAGGCAAUAUCAGGCUUGCAGCACGUAAAUUGUCGAAAGCCGAACAGGAAAUAACUAUCGAAAUGGAGAAUCCGGUUUCCCUAAUUUUUGCCAUUAAAUAUCUGAAUUUUUUCACACGUGCUACGCCUCUUUCCGAUACAGUCCGAUUGUGUAUGUCCAACAAUCAUCCAUUAUGUAUUGAGUAUCCUCUUCCUUCAAUUGGUUACAUUCGGUAUUAUUUGGCGCCUAAACUGGAAGAUACGGAAGAAUGAGACAGAUUAUCUUCGUUGAAGGGAACUACAAUACAUAUUCCAUGUGGAUGGAUGCGUCUCCUCUCCCAAGUCUGAUACCCGCCUAAUUUAUCUCUGUAGCUUCCGUUAUGAGUUCUAUAGAAGCAAAGUUACUGUUCGACAUUUCCUUAACUGCUUUACCGCACGUCCAAAAGAUUGGAAAUUUUUUAUGAACUCCACUUUCUUCAGUACAAGCUUUGCAUUUUCUUAUUCCACGCUUUUACAAUUAUUGGAUCUGGUGGUGUAAGUCUAGUCUGUGAGAGUACGUAUUUUUAAAUUUAUAAUUUUAUUUUCAAAGGCAGGGAAUACAAAUUUAAUACAUCCUGCUAUUGGUUCAUAGUAUAUCUUGAAAUAUCUUUCGGAUUUUCACUUUAUCCAGAGCUGUGGGCGCUCCGUUGUCAACAAUAACAAUUAAUAAAAUGUGAAGACUGUAAA